AAGCUUGAUGUGGAAGGCUGCAACCAGCACGCACCCAAGAGCAUGGGAAAGAGAAAUUCAUAAUAUUAAAGAAGUGAACGAGGAGGCCUUCAAAUACCUAAUAGCAAUACCACCAAGAUUAGUUAUCAAUAUCACUAAUUCUCCAGAUUAACAAAAGAUUAACAAAUUUGUUUUGGCAGAUAUUGGUCCAGGUCUAGGUUUACCAUGCAAGCCAAAUGUGACACGUUGGUAAACAACAUUAGUGAAGCCUUCAACAGCGUUAUUGUGGAUGCAAGGUCCAAGCCAAUCAUCUCAAUGCUGGAAGACAUCCGUUUGUAUAUUAUGAAAAGGUGGUCCAAGAAUAGAUCCAAGGUGCAGAAGUACGAGGGAGAUAUAUGCCCUAAGAUACACGCCAGAUUAUCAAAAGAGUCUGAACAAACUAAGUAUUGGAUACCAAGUUGGUCAGGUCAGAAGUUGUUUGAAGUUAGACAUGUCUCAUUAAUUGGAGACAAGUUCACUGUCAACAUAGAAAGCCAGGAAUGCAGCUGUAGGAAAUGGCUCAUUAGUGGGAUCCCAUGCUGCCAUGCAAUUGCUGCACUGAACUUCCUCAACUUAAAGGCAGAAGAUUACAUUCCACAUUGGUUCAGACGUACAACAUAUGAAGAGAUAUACAACUCCAUAGUUCUUCCUGCCAAUGGUCAACUUUUUUGGGAAACAACUGCCUUUCCUGAUGUUCUACCACCACUUAAAAGAAGGCUGUCAGGGAGACCAAAGAAGAAGAGAAGGCUGGAAGCAUGGGAACUUAGAAAAGAUAACACCCAAAUGAGGCCAGGUGGUCAUAGAAAGAGAUGUUCAGUUUGUCGCGCACUUGGGCACAAGAGGAACAAUUGUCCAGCACUUCUUGUCCAUGGCUGUGAAGAACGUCCCACUGAAGCUACAGCACCACAACCAACUCAACCCACACAAAGUGAACCACCACCAAGUCAACCACCUACAACACCCACUCCACUUGCAACACCCACUCCAGCUGCAGCACUAACCCCACCAGUUGCAACACCAACCCCACCAAUUGUAGCACCACACCCAACAGUAGCAGCCCCAAACCCACCAGCACCAGGACCACCACCCAACACUGCAGUACAACAGCCCAGCCAACCAACUUAUGGAAUUAGAAAGAUGAGGCCAAAAAUGCAAAUAAGAAGGCCACCACGUCCAUCAUGAGAUUAUUGAUUGUA